GGAUAACGGUUUUGACCAUCUACGCGCAUACCACAGAGAUUUCGCCUUCUUUCUAUUUUCAUCAUAUCUCGUCAAUUAUCGCGUCAAAUUUUCAAUUUCCUCCCAACCAUGUCGGCGCCAAAGACGAAUGAGCAGAUUGAAGAAGUGGUGCGAAGAGAGCUGGAGGGUACAGAGUAUGCUGUAUCCUCCUUCACACCUCUCUCUGGGGGAACUGCAAAUUUCAUCUACCGUGCCAAGCUUCAACAACGCCUACCAGACGGUGUAUCUGAGGUUGUACUGAAACAUGGCGAAGCAUAUGUUGCCCAACACCCUGAUUUCAAAUUGAAAAUGGUUCGAUGUAGUAUUGAAGAGGAAGGCCUGCGAUUCCUCUCGCAGUUUCCACAUGUGAUUUCAUCCACAUACGAAAUUGGGACUCCGAAACUCUAUCAUUUCAACCCUGAAAGUAGUACUCAGAUUCAGGAGUACGUAUCUAAUGCCGUCAACUUAAAAGACUACGCGCUCAGCCACUACCAACCCCCUACUUCCGAGGCAGUCAAGCCACAGUGCCUUAAGCUGGGACAGGGUUUAGGCCAAUGGCUCCGAGGAUUCCACAACUGGAGUGACGAGCCAGAGCGACAUAACAUGCGUGACCUGUUUGCCAAGAACACAGAUAUGCGGGACAUCAAAAAGCUCAUCAAUUACGACCAAUUGCUAGGAAGAGUGAACAUGUUCCCAAAUCUUCUACAAGAGUGUAAGGAUGUUUUACAAGAGAUUGUGAAGAUGGCCACGGCCGAGCUGGCAGAUGAGAGCAAACUGAGGGUUAUCCAUGGUGAUUUCUGGACUGGCAAUGUGCUAUUGCCAAACAUUGCUUUUACCGAAGACCAGCCAGUUCCAGUUCGUAUUAUCGACUGGGAAAUGGCGCAGGUCGGUGUACGAGCUGAAGACCUUGGCCAGCUGAUUGCCGAACUAUGGCAACUGAAGCUAUACAAGGAUAUAGAUGCUGCUCUUUGGAUCAUUCGCGGUUUUGUGCAAGGAUACGGUAAGGUCGAUACUGACUUUAUCUUCCGCGUGUUGGUUCAUGUCGGCGCUCACCUGAUAUGCAUUGGAUCCACCACACCUGGAUGGGGAACACUAGAACAAGGUCAGAAUCUUGCCAAGAUAGGUAGAGAUGUCCUGCUUAGUGCUUGGAAAAAAGAUGCGAAGGCGUUUGAAGAGCAUGACCUUCAAUAUCUAUUCGAAUGGGAGGCAUAAUUGAGAACAAGGACCAAUUCCUGGAAGGUUAUCGAUAUACGUAGGGCAAGGCUCUUACCUACCUACCUAUGUUACGGGAUAAUGCAGUAACAGAAUAAAAUCACGCAUUGCACAUGCGGUCUGCGCU